CAUACGACUGCUUUAGCUUUUGGCGCCUCCUGCACUGCUGCAUACGAGAUAAAGGGAAACUGACCGCGUGGUUAGAAGACAUCACUGAAGCAGCUCCUCUUUAUUUUAAAGGCAGGCAAACGAUAGCUUUCUUUUGCAACUUGGACCUUGUGGCAGGAAACGCAGUUUGCGCAGAAAUGCACAACAUGGGCAAGAAGCAGAAUACCAAGGGCAAGAAGGAUGCAAUGGACACACAAGAGGAGCCUGAGGAGUUUGUGGUGGAAAAAGUGCUUGACCAACGUAUUGCCAAUGGAAAAGUAGAAUUCUUCUUAAAGUGGAAGGGAUUUACAGAGGCUGACAAUACCUGGGAACCAGAGGAUAACCUGGACUGUCCAGAGCUAAUCUCAGCGUUUUUAGAAGCACAGAAGACCGUUAAGGAGAAGCCUGCUCCUGUGAAGCGGAAGGCAUCAACAGAUGAGACAGAGACAGAAGCCAAGAAGAAGGAUGUGGCUGAGAAACCACGUGGCUUCGCUAGAAAUCUCGACCCAGAACGGAUCAUUGGCGCAACAGACAGCAGUGGGGAGUUGAUGUUCUUGAUGAAAUGGAAAGACUCAGAUGAAGCAGAUUUGGUCCCAGCCCGCGAGGCCAACACUCGCUGCCCUCAGGUGGUCAUUUCCUUCUAUGAGGAAAGAUUGACAUGGCAUUCCUGUCCAGAGGACGAGGCUCAGUAGUAUUGUCAUCUGGUCCCUGCAGUCCCUUAACAGCCUUUUCGUCAGGAUUGUUUUCUUCUCUGCCUUGCCUUUUUAGUUUUAGCCGUCCUAGUUAUUUUUGAAGAUGUUCCAGCCCUCGCAUUAUAUGGCUUUCAUGGAGAGCUAAGUUGUUGUAAAUAUUAGCUGAAUUGAUUGUAAGGGAGCAGGUGGUGGUGUUUUGGUGUAUAAUGAAAGAAGUCUUCCGGUAUCAUAUAAUGAUUAAUGUCAUGGCAGUUUAGAAAGCAUAUUCUUUGAUGAAACCCACCACUGCCCGUAUUCAAACCUGGUUACAUUUUGUAAAUUCUAAAUGGUACUUUGGUCUGUGAAGGUGUCAGCCACCUUGUGUAUCACGCUCCUUUAAGAUUCAGCCUUUUGUUUUCUACACUAGUGCUAAUGUUUUGUUCUAAAAGUGCAUUUUGUAUACUCUGUCUGUAAAUAUUAUUUGAAGUUCUAAUAAAGGUUUUAUGUGACCAAA